AUGAAAGAUUACAAGCUUAUGUAUCGAAGGUCUGAUCAUCUUGAGGUGGUUGGAUAUUCGGAUUCUGAUUUUUCUGGGUGUGUGGAUACAAGAAAGUCCACAUUUGGCUAUGUAUACUUGCUAGCCGGAGGAGCAAUUUCAUGGAAGGGUGCGAAGCAGUCAAUAAUUGCUACAUCCACUAUGGAAGCUGAAUUUGUAGCUUGCUUUGAGGCUACAAUUCAGGCUAAUUGGUUGUGGAAUUUUAUUUCAGGAUUUGGAAUAAUCGACUGUAUUGUCAAGCCGCUGAAAAUUUAUUGUGAUAAUUCCGCAACUUUCUUCUUCUCUAAGAAUGAUAAGUAUUCCAAGGGGGCUAAACAUAUGGAAUUGAAAUACUUUGUUGUUAAAGAAGACGUAUAG